UUGUCUUUAAAGGAGGCAGAGGAAUAACUGAACAUCUGGCACACUGAGCAGGACAGAGGAGAGGGAGAGGGAGAAGCCAUAGCUAACUGCUAAUGCUAAUGAAGCUAGAGUGUAUGAAAAACUUUGAAAAUAGCGAAAAGUCGCUAAAAGGAGUAACUCCGAGUGCUUAGGUAGAACUAGUCUACGUUUAAAUGUUAAGCGGGAAAAUAACCGCUGUAACGAGUAAAACAAAUGUAUAUUUAGCGUUCACAGACAGAGCUACAGCACCAAACAGUGUACACAGAGCAGGAAGGAAACCGGGAAUGAGUCAGUACGCUUACCGUAGCACGUCACGUCAGCCUCCCAAUCAGUGGCCAGCAUUCAGGAUGACUCAUCGGUCAGCUGUCAGUAAAGACCUUCUUCUUCUUCUCCUGCAGGAUUUGUUGCGCUGCAGUGUUGACUGUUGACCUCAGGGAUCAUUGAAACCAGGUUUCAGGUUGACCAAUUCAUAACAGAAGUUAUCUCAGGACACUUUUCAAAUAGAGCAGGUCUAGACCGAAUUCCUUAUAACAUUUACAGAGACCCAACAGUACCACCAUGAGCAAGACCUUGGUGACAGGGGCAAGGAAAAACUGCCUGUUAAAAGGCAGAAACCUAGGACAGAUCCUUCGGCGCUAGGUGGGUGGUCGUCUGCCUCGACCAGUUGGGGUGAGAGAGAGACAGAGAGGGAGAGAGAGAGAGAGACAGACAGACAGACAGACAGACAGACAGACAGACAGGUGCACAGCAACAACAGUAUUGGCAAUGGCAAUCUAGCAGGACCAUGGCAGGAGGCUCCACCAGGAUCGAUAAGAACCUGCAAGACGAGAAAGCACAAGAACUCCGGGGAAGAAGUGAAGUUAGCAACAUGCAUUUCAAUCAAAAAUUGACACCAUUUAUAACAACCUGUCCUCCGCUCCUGCCCCCACAGCCUGCAAUCCCACUCCUUCGUCUGCUCCUCCCCCCAUCACCUCUCAGCCUCUGUCUCAGUUCUGCCCCGUGUCACCAGAGGAGCUGCCCAAAAUCAUAACAGGCAUGAAAACCUCUACAUGUGUCCUGGAUCCCAUCCCAUCUCACCUCAUCAAGGACACUUUACCAGCCAUCUCCACACUCAUCACAGAAAUCAUCAACUCCUCCCUCAAGUCUGGCUCAGUCCCCCGUUCACUCAAACUGGCUGCUGUCACCCCCAUCCUCAAAAAACCUGGACUCAACCCUGACAUCAUGUCAAACUUUCGGCCCAUCUCCAAUCUUCCCUUUCUGUCUAAAAUACUGGAACGUAUUAUCGCCACACAACUCAAAACCCACCUCUGCUCAAAUGAACUGUUCGAACCAUUUUAAUCCGGUUUCCGCUCCCAACACAGCACUGAAACAGCCCUCCUGAAAGUCACCAACGGCAUCCUCCUCUCCGCUGACUCGGGCCACCUCACCAUCCUCAUCCUCCUGGACCUCACCGCAGCCUUUGACACCAUCAACCAUACCAUUCUCUUCUCCCGCCUUGAGUCCUCUCUCAGCAUCACUGGCACUGCACUCUCCUGGCUCAAAUCUUACCUCACAGACCGACAACAAUUCAUCCAUAUCAACAACUGCACCUCCUCCACUGUUCCCCUGUCCCAAGGCGUCUCCCAGGGUUCGGUGCUUGGUCCUCUCCUCUUCAUACUUUACCUGCUCCCCAUUGGCAACAUCAUUCGCCACCAUGGUCUCCACUUCCACUGUUAUGCCGAUGACGUCCAGCUUUAUAUCUCUACCAAAUCCAUCACCCCGGCCACUCUCCAAUCCACUCUCUCCAAUUGCCUCACCGACAUCAAAUCCUGGAUGCAUUCCAACUUCCUCAAACUCAACUGUGACAAAUCAGACCUUAUCAUUAUCGGCCCCAAAUCCCUCACCAAAACCACAGACAGUUUCCACCUCACCAUUGACAACACCACCCUGUCUCCAUCCCCCCACAGUCGCAACCUCGGAGUCAUCUUUGACAAUAACCUCUCCUUUGAACAUCACAUAAACCGAAUCACCAGAACUGCCUUCUUUCAUCUCAAGAACAUUGCCCGUCUUCGCCCAUCACUCUCCUUCUCUGCUGCUGAAACCCUCAUCCACGCCUUCAUCACCUCCAGAAUCGACUACUGCAACAGCAUCCUCUAUGGCACACCAUCCAAAACUCUAAAUAAGCUACAGUACAUCCAAAACUCCGCUGCACGUAUGCUCACCCACACCCGCACCCGUGAUCACAUCACUCCCGUCCUCCAGAACCUCCACUGGCUCCCAGUUCCACAGUGCAUUCAGUUCAAAAUCCUCCUCCUUACACACGAAGCCCUUAAUAACCAGGCUCCUUCCUACCUCACUGACCUGCUCCAUCGCCACAAUCCAUCCCGGAGCCUCCGCUCAUCUGAAGCAAACUUUCUGACUCCUCCACCCCGGACCAAGCACCGAACCUGGGGCGACAGAGCGUUCUCUGUAGCUGCCCCCUCCCUCUGGAACUCUCUCCCCAAACACAUCUGUGACUGUACCAACCCUCCAACAUUCAAAUCACUGACAAAAACUCACCUUUUUGAAAUUGCUUUUAAUGUUUAGCUUAGUCUGAUGUGUUUUUAAUGUUUUACUAUUUGAUGUUGUUUUGCUGCUUUUAUGUUUUUAUGUAAAGUGUCUUUGAGUAUUUAGAAAAGUGCUUAUAAAUAAAAUGUAUUAUUAUUAUUAUUAUUAUUAUGCAUAUGGAACAUGAAUGAGUGCAGAAAGAGAGAGGAAGAGAGGAGCUCAGUGCACCAUGGAAAAUCCCCCGAUAGUCUAGGCCUAUAGCAGCAUAACUAAGGGAUGGUUCAGGACUCACCUGAUCCAGCCCUAACUAUAAGCUUUAUCAAAGAGGAAUGUCUUAAGCCUACUCUUGAAUGUGGUGAGGGUGUCUGCCUCCCGAACCACAACUGGAAGCUGGUUCCACAGGAGAGGAGCUUGGUAACUGAAGGCUCUGGCUCCUGUUCUACUUUUAGAGACUAUAGGAACCACAAGUAGCCCAGCAUUCAGAGAACGUGAUGUUCUAGUGGGGUAAUAGGGUACUAUGAGCUCUUUAAGAUAUGAAGGGGCCUGACCAUGAAGAGCUUUAUAGGUGAGGAGGAGGAUAUUAAAUUCUAUUCUACAUUUUACAGGGAGCCAAUGCAGAGAAGCUAGUACAGGAGAGAUGUGAUCUCUUUUUUUUGUUCCUGUCAGUACUCCUGCUGCAGCGUUCUGAAUUAAUUGGAGCGAUUUAAUGGUCUUAUUGGGGCAACCUGAUAAAAAAGAGUUGCAGCAAUCCAGCCUUGAAGUAACAAAUGCAUGGAUUAGUUUUUCUGCAUCUGUCUGUGAUAGUAUGUGUCUAAUUUUUGUAAUAUUACGUAAAGGCAAGAAGGCAGUCCUAGAGGUCUGCUUCAUGUGGGAGUUAAAAGACAAAUCCUGAUCAAAGAUAACUCCAAGAUUCCUGACAGUGGUGCUAGAGGCCAAGGUAAUGCCACUAGAGUAACUAUAUCUUUAGACAGUGAGUCUCUAAGGUUUUUGGGGCCAAGAACAAGAAUUUCAUUUUUUUCUGAGUUUAACAUCAGAAAAUUGCAGCUCAUCCAGGAUUUUAUGUCCUUAAGACAUGAUUGUAAUUUAGAUAAUUGAUUGAUUUCAUCGGGCUUGAUCGAUAGAUAUAACUGCGUAUCAUCUGCAUAACAGUGAAAGUUAAUGGAGUGAUUCCUAAUAAUGUUGCCUAAAGGGAGCAUAUAUAGAGUAAAUAGUAUUGGUCCAAGUACAGAACCUUGUGGAACUCCAUGACUAACUGUAGUAUGACUAACUGUAGUAUUUAUUGAAGAUUCAUCGUUAACAUGUACAAACUGCGAACGAUCUGAUAAAUAUGACUUAAAUCAGCUUAGUGCGGUUCCUUUAAUGCCAAUUUGAUGCUCAAGUCUCUGUAAAAGAAUAUCAUGGUCAAUGGUGUCAAAUGCAGCACUAAGAUCUAAUAAUACAAGUACAGAGACAAGUCCAUUGUCAGAAGCAAUCAGAAGGUCAUUAUUAACUUUAACCAGAGCUGUCUCUGUGCUAUGAUGAACUCUAAAUCCUGACUGAAAAUCCUCAAAUAAACUAUUGUUAUGUAGAAAGUCACACAA